UUAUGUUUUUCCAAAAUUACAAUAUAACUGACUUUGCCUUCACCUAUAUAUUCCAUUUUGACCACUUCAUUCUUUCCUUUCAAGGUAAUUUCGUAACAAUGCGUUUGAGUAUACACAAUCUCAUUAGGUAUCUCAAAAGCUUUGGAAAUCUUAACUUUGUCUCCACCCAUAGGAACAUUCUUCUCCACUAUACUAGCUUCACGUGCAACAUAUUCCUGUAUCAAUUUAAGGAAAUCAUCGGGUGCGCUGUCGCUCGCUUCCUCAUCUUCGUCCGACCACUUUCUCUCCGUAACCUGACUCUCUGAGAUAGUUGUCUCAAUAGUAGAUACCUUUUCGGGUUUCUUAUUAGCUUUACUUUCAUCCUUCUUCUCAACACUUUUGUCUACCGCUGAUGUGAUAACAUUAUCUACUGGAUCAUCAGAAACUGAAUCUUCAUCCGUUGAAUCACCAUUCCUCUCUGGCAUACAACUUUUUUUUUAACGGUCAUAUAAAACAGUUGGAGGGGGUCAAUUUAUAGCCGGACACCCUGAACAAUAUGUCUCGCAAGUUACAGGAUCCAUAACGCUGAUGCUGUGGUUAACAAUAAGAUGUUGGUAGACAUUGCAAGGAAACAGUAUUCUAUGCCUUUCAACAGUCCGAAAAGAUAGUGCUUUCUGGCAAAAUAUGUUUCUUUCCAAAGGGGUAUCUGCAGAUCGUCCGGUACAGGAACAACGAAUAAUUUGGAAGAUUCGCGUUCAGUUGCUCCAAGUCAACAUUGCCUUUCUACAAUUCUUCUGCAACCAGACUUUGUUCUAGCCACUUUGGUCUCAUCAAUUUCUACAAGUUUUCCCUGGACUACGGAUUUUUUCUACAAGAUUUCUUCGGACACCAUUCUAUACCUAUGAAAAAUAAGAUGUUAAUUGAUUAUACUAUAAAACAUGGAUAUCUAUGCUUACCUCUCGACAAAAACUACCACAGCUUACACCGACUAGCGUGACAAGUAGGGCUCCUUAAUAAAAAUCUCGCUGGGAAAAAGAAUAUGCCAUAAACCUUCGUGUAACCUCAAGGGAUGAUAUGUGGCUUUCAAGAAAGUGUUCUUUCUUAAUGAUUUGAAAAAACACAUUGAACUGUCUGUAAAUGUAAAACUUCUGUAGACGCAAUAUGUUUAUUGUAAAGGUUAUUGUUUAGCAAAUUAUAAUAUAAAAUGUCACAGUCUACUAUUUGCCGAGGAUAUGAAAAUCUACUCCAAAAUUACAAAUUUUGAGAACUGUAUUUCACUUAAGGGAUACUAUCACUCAGUGGUGUAACAACAACUUUCUCUGCUUAAAAAUUUCUAAGUAUAUGGUUUGUUCGUAUAGUCGCAAAAAGAACUCGACUGUCUUUGAUUACUCCAUAAAUAAUGCGAUUUUGGAAAGAACAACGGAGACUAAAGAUUGUGGUGUAACAUUUUCCUGCAGGUUGGAGUUUUGGGUCCAGUAUCAUGCAUCACUUCUGAAGCGACACGGAUUCUAGGUUUCAUUUUGCGUAAUUGCCGAUCUUUUUCCAACGAAGCAGUAAUAAAAACUCUUAUUUCGCUGGUGCAACCAAAACUCGGGUACGAUUUUUUUAUGUGAAUCCCUUUCUAUGCAUAUUAUGUGAAUAUCGUACAAAGGAAAUUCCUUAAAUAUUGUACUCAUAAAAUUGAUGGCAUUCAAUUUAUUCUGCUGGGACGUUCCAAGCUAGAGUCUCUACAAUUAAGACGUUCCAUUGCUAGACUAACGUUCCUCCAUAAGCUUUGCACGACAGAAUCGAUGCGCCAGAGGCUGUAUUUUUGUAUAUCGCGUAUAAAUUCGAGAAGGACUAAAUAUCUACUGCAGUACGUCCCGUACCAACGUUCGAUAUUGUUCUCAGGUGUAUUCUACAUACUCGUAUAUGCAAUAAUUAUAAUUUCAUAGCAGACAGUUCUGACAAUGAUUUUGAUUGUAUUGGUGAAAUCUUGUCAAACUUCAGGAACUACUACAAUAGCUAAUUUUGUUUUAUCUGGUUCUUGUAUGCACACCAUUAGUUAAGUUACCAAUAGAUUUUCCUGUCAUUGAAUUAUUCUGUUGGGCAAUUAUGUAUAAAUAAAUAACCUGUACUUGAAAGUACGUUAUUCAAAGAUACAAACGAUAAUGCUUGUUGAAAUUAUAAAGUCGGUUAAAUGUAUUGUUGUUUUUAGAGACAGACUAUUGCAACUGUUUUACGAACUAUUUAAAAUACAGCAAAAUGAUUAGUAAAUUUGGUAUCUCAAAAUUAGUUUCCAAUGAGUUCGUUUAUAAAAUUUAUCCAAAUCGUGCAUAUCUAUCUUAGGCCCGGUUUUUCAAUCACAAGUUAACUUUUUGGUUAGUUAACUAUCGCCAGGAAGUUAACUUGAGUUUUUCAAGUAUUUUGACAGCGUCAGUUAACUUACCAGAAGUUCAACAUAUAUUUAUGUUACAGCCCUGUAUCUGCGGUUCUUAGAUAUAGUGUUCUAUGUGUUUUGUGCGCUCGCCAUCUGUGUCCCGUGUCAUACGACAGACAUGACAGUUCGAUUGAAUUAAAUUUCUUAAAACAGCCAAAAUCGACAUCCGGAAAUUUCAUUAAAAACGAAUAAAACAUAAAACCUUCGUCAAGUGAGGUAAGUUUUUCAAAUAUUGCUCGUACAAAUCUUUAGUAGUAGACCCUAUAGAUAUAAAUGGUGAUAAAGAAGUUUGCAAAUGCAAUGUCUAAUGAACCAUACUAAGGUCCAAAAACGAUUAAGUUGUAAAUAUCUGAUGAAUAUCGUAUUUUCCACCUUUUUUAAUAUCACUCCUAUAAUCUACAAUCCAGAGAUAAAGCGGAUACACAAUACCUCUAUUCUUGUUGCUAAAAUUUCUCAAAAACUGUUUUCUAGCAUGGAGAAAGAGAUCAAAAUGUCUCGAAAAAUGAGGAAAUGAUGCUAAUAUCAUUGGUGAGCAAAAGUAAAGAUGUAAUAGAGAGCAAAACAAGUGACAUAGUUGCGUGGAAACAGAAUGGUUCAGUGUGGCAGAGCAUCGAACAAGAAUUCCAAGCCCUAACAGGGUGCCACCGAGAGACAAAAACUCUACGAGAAAAACAUUUCAAUUUAAAGAAAAAAACAAAAAGCAAAUUUGCUACAAAUAAAACCAAUAUAAUCAAGACAGGGGGAGGUUCAUGCCAAUUGCAAGCAUUCGAUCUGAUUGAUACACAAAUACAAGAUAUAAUGGGACCACAAUUAGAAGGUUUGACAAACAAUUAUGAUGAUGAGUGUACUGACCAAGAUGAGGUGGUUUGUGAACAUGUUCCUUAUGCAAAUAACUGUGAUGACAGUAAAGUGGUCUUCAAUAAUGGAAAAUGGAGCUCCUAUACUCCCCAACAACUGAAGAGGCCCAAAACUACAAAGCUAUCAUGUACGAAAACGGUACAAAGUAAAAAAUAUAUUUCUGUUAACUAUCUACUAAUGGAAGGGAAGCUGAAUUUUUUGAAACUACAAAAAGAAAAAUUCAUCGAAGAAGACAAUAAAAAAAUGGAAAUAUAUCAAAAAAAAGGUUCCGCUGUUAGAUUUACAGAUCAAUGCAUUCGAUAAGUAGAAAACAAAGGAUUUAUUUUGUUAAUUACUGGAUUUUCACUUGCAC